AUGUCCCCACCUAACCAAAAUCCACGGCGACCGCCUUCGUUCCCAAUGCCCCCGAGCCGGAGUGAAGUCAGCAGAGGCGGAAGGCGGCCCUUGUCCAACAUAGACGAGAACCCUGCAUCGUAUGAUCAGGACUAUGGCGCAUCCUUCUGUAGUGACAACAGCUCGGAUGGCGAGAUUUCCCACGAAAGUAAACCGGCCAGCCUAACUGACACCGACAGCCCUGGAGAACAUACAUCGAACGGAGAAGACAGCGACAAUGAAGAAGCAUUCGAUAGCACACUGAAACAUCCACCCACCUCCAUAGCACUAGGAGAAACAGAAGAAGAAUCCGAUGCAGAGUCCUCCGAAGGAGGUGCUCAAGUUCUCCUAAAAGACGCAUUGAGCAUGUUAAUGGCAGCGAUCCCAAACGACGAGGAGCUCGCCGUGCGAAUCUACGAAAUGAUAAGCCCCAUGGUCCAACAAACUUUCCUGCAAAGAUCGUACGGGGGGAAUCUAGACGACAUUUCCGCAUUACUCAACCAGCAAAGAAGCGUCGGCACGCAAAAGGACUUCAAACAUUAUCUGCGGCCGACCAAAGCCUCCAUGAUGAAGCAAAGUAGCAAAGUUGAUCUUCCCCCGGGUCAUCCGCCAAAGCCAGGUAGCACACAACCGUUAACGCCGAAGGAACGGCUUCCUAGCAGCACGUCGCCCAGUCGACCUGUUUCGCGGCAGGGCUCGUGGCUGGGCCCGUUGAGUAGGCAGGUUUCUAGAGCGCGGAGUGAGGCGCCAGAUACGUUGAAGCGGUCUCACUCGAUUACUGGGAGAGUCGAGACGCGGAUUGAGAAAUCUCCGUACGUCGGACGCAGAUACACAUCGUUGGCAUCGGGAACGUCUUCGCAGGAUAACGGUAGACCAAAUAGCGCGAACUCAUUGAUGAGGAAGCGUAACAGCGUGCUCCCAGCUAUUAAAACAUCCGAAGACGUAGCAGGGCUAACGUCCCGGGUGCAAGCCGACACAGCAACCCUGGAAGACGAGUUCAGGCCGCAGCCGCAGCCAGUGGAGCGGUGCGAAACGAGAAUCAGAGAGCUAACUAAAGACAUUGAGCGAUUGAAAAAUAGCGAGCAGGAGGCCUGGAACAUGUAUGAACUCAAGGUCAAGCAAAUCCAGCGAGAGCACGAGGAUGUGCUGAGAGCCAAGGAGGCGGAGUUGAUAGAGUUACGAGGUCUGAUACGGAGUUUGCAAGAUGAGCUUGUAAGGGAGAAGGAAGCGAAGAACUUUGCGGAAGGUGAGCUUGCAGAGAUGAAACGUCCCAUGAGAGGAACGGAUGAACCGGCCGCAAUGAACGAGGAUCAGAAGAUGAUUACGGGCCAAGCACAACGGAUUCGAGAUCUCGAACAACACUUGGUUCAAGCGAGGGCCUCCGAGAGCGCAGUUCGGAAAGAGAUGCAAGAAGCCAACGCUCGAGCAGAAUUGCGCACCACCGAACUAGAAGAACAAUUACGUCAGUCAAACGACUCGGAGAACACCUUAGAGACGAGCCUUUCCUCCGUUGAGGAAGCCAGACAGAAACUCCAGCACGACCUAGACAUCACAAAGCCAGCGAAGGAGCGUCUGGAGAAGGAGGAAGGAGAACUCAUAGACCAUGUCAAGUGGCUCGAACAGCAGUGUGCUGAAGCGCAAGCCUUAGUUGAUGCGGAGAAAGCGCUUCGCGAGACUGCGGAGGAGAAGAUAAAGUGCCUGGAAAGAGAUACCAAGGAUUACCAGAUAGCGAUUUCUGAUGUAGAGAAAGGCGUGCCAAACUCUGAAGCGACAAACGAGGCUUCGGAUUCGUAUGCGGGCUCAAUUCAGCAGCUCCAAGCAGACAUCGAUACGAUUCGGCAGACGAUGCGCGGAAAUACUAGGGACAUCGAGGCGUAUAGAGACAUCCUUGAUACCAGUGACGAGGGCGAAUCUAAGCGCAUAGUCAUGAUCCGCGUGUCGAUAAGGAAGCUGCUAGAUCAGUACAUGGAGAUGCUGAGCAACGUGAAAGGACUGAUUGCCCCGUACCACAAGGAAAUGCAGGAAUCCGAGAAGCAACUGCGGCAGGCAGAGAAGGAGCGGGAAGAGGAGCUCGAGAUGACGGAUGAACAGCAUUUGAAGUGGAAGCCGCUAUAUGAGAACGAGAAAAUGAGGCACAAAAGGCUGAAGGCAACCUGUGAGAGGUUGAAGACAAAAGUGAAGGAGCUGUACCAGACGGUCCCGGAGUUACGGCACGAGAACAAGGAGUUGCGCAGCAGACUUUCCGAUUGUCGAGACCACGGCAACCUGAUGAAAGAACAAGCUCAGAAGUGGCAGGAACAAGCCCUGCACUGGGAAACCGAAUACACAGCCAAGGAAGCGAUAUGCGAGAAGCACCGCAGUCACCUCGAAAGCCAGCUCGAGAUGCAAAAGGAAGAGAUGCUGAAGUACAUCAAAGACUACCACGACUGCAUGCCAGAGAACGAUCCUGACUGGUGGGCCAUGGAAGGCUUGCAGAGGAAGAUUAAGGAUGUAGAGAGGCAGUUGACUGACGUGAAGGAUAUGCUGGCGAGGGUUAAGGGAGAUAGAGAGACUGCGUAUCGGAAGAUUGAGACGCUCAUGGACGAGAAGAAGGCCCUCGCCGAGGAGACUGAGAGGCUUAGGUUAGGUAUACUGGAGGAGAUGGAAGCCCCUGAGGGAGACAGCGGAUAUGAUAGUAACUGGAAACCUAGGAAGAACGAUAAGAAAGACACAUGGUCCCAGUCCAAAGAGGAAGCAGCGAAGCAAAGGAAGACUAUGGAGGAGUUCAAGGAGAAGCAGAGGAUUGACAGGGAGGAAGGGGACACGGCUCGGGCCCAACAGGUGAUGGAGAAGGUGAGAAUGUGGAAGAUGGGACUUUAUUACCCACCACGGAGAGUUGACUGGGGAGAGACUGUGGAGAAGACGCCUUGGGAGAGGUGGGAGGGCGAGAGAUGGCUGCGGGAGGCUGCUACUCUGGAGGAAACGAGGGAAGCGGAGAAGGUGAAGAACGCGAUAGUUUUAUAG